AUGGAAGGGGAAAGUUAUAUUAGAAGCUUGAAUGAUUACGAGUCAGAAUACCUAUGGCGAACUGGGGAAGCAGGUGAGCUAUCUAUGGCGCUCUGGGUCCAGGCAACCAUCAAGAAGUCAUGCGCUGGAUGCAUCACCGAGCGCCAAGCUCCAGCGCAGCUCCAGGCGCAACGCCAAGAGCAGGCUGUUUCUAGCAGGCCAAGGAGAGCGCAAGCACAUCCUUACAGUCCGCCUCCUUCCUACGUUCAGUCGAUCACGUCCAUUUCCCCUACACCGAAUAUGUCAGCAGAUAUGUCAUCGCCCGCGAUCAUGUCAGCUUCAACUAAUGUUGGUAGUGGAAUGCCACUGCCUGCAAUGCACAGGACCCUUUAUGUGGACUCCAACUGGUCUACGCCAGUAAAUGUCCCUUCCAGGGUCUUUGUGUUUGCGAGAGGGAUUCAGCUUAUGGUCGACUGGGCCAGCAAGAGAGCUACCUAUGGCGCACUCGUGGUGGGCCAUUGGCUCUGUUUUGUGGUUGUGUUUAUGAUGGCUCAGCAGAAGUCCAAUUACUGCAUCUUCGAAGAGGACGUUGCACGCCUAUUUACUACUUCUCUCUUUCUUGUAUCUCCCUGGGUUUCUGAUUCGAUAUAUUCCUUCUCCGAUUUUGUCGUGAUUCCUUCUCUUUUUAGUUAUGCAAAAUAG